CUCUCGCUCACUGCAGGUACGGUCCAUGAAGUCACCGCCUUUCAACCCUUUUGCCUUCCCUUCGCAAAAAGUCAGUCUCGUACCAUCGCACUUUCGGCAGUCGCCCAACCCGGAUGCAAACACCCGAAUGCCCGCGGGCGUUAUGCUUUGAACGUUGAUCCCCCCAUACGCCCGUCAUCCAUCAAGAGUGGUGCCAUUCCCUUUGCGCCCAAAGCUUAACCUGCCCCCAACCGAAUUGUCAACUCAUAUAAUAAUCUAACCUUACCGCCCUUUCCGCCGCCACUUUUGCUGUUUACCACACCGCACCCUCCCUCCUCUGAAGCAUUCGGAGUGGGCGACAAGAUGGCGUCGCCGAUGGAGGUCCUCAAUGCCACCCAAACCGCAUUGCCCGGUGCGCUACACGCCUCCGUGGCCGCGGCACAGAUGGGCUUCCUGGGAAACUUCAUCGAGAACAUGACCAUUGUCCGCACGUUGGUUACCGUGUUUGCACUGGCUGUAGCAUAUGAUCAGAUUUCCUACUGGCGACAGAAAGGCAACCUCGCCGGCGACAUGUUCAAGAUCCCCUUCGUCGGCCCCUUCUUCGACAGCGUCAAGCCCUCCUUCGAAAAGUACUACAUCAAAUGGGUCUCCGGCGAUUUGUCGUGCGUCAGCGUCUUCCACAAAUUCGUCAUCAUCGCCGCCACCCGCGACAUGGCGCGCAAGGUCUUCAACAACCCCACCUACGUCAAGCCGUGCGUCGUCGACGCCGCGCACAAGCUGCUCCGCCCGGAGAACUGGGUGUUUCUGGACGGCAAAGAGCACGUCGAGUACCGCAAGGGCCUCAAUGGCUUGUUCACGCGGCAGGCGAUGGAGACCUAUCUGCCCGGCCAGCAAGAGGUGUACAACGAAUACUUUGAGCAGUUCCUGCAGGUCACCAAGGACGCCGACGGCGCGCCCCGGCCCUUUGUGUACAAACUGCGCGAGCUCAUGUGCGCCGUCUCCUGCCGCACCUUUGUCGGGCACUACAUGUCGCGCGAGGGCGUGAAGAAGAUUGCCGACGAGUACUACUGCAUCACCGCCGCCAUGGAGCUCGUCAACUUCCCCAUCAUCCUGCCCUUCACCAAGACGUGGUACGGCAAGAAGGCCGCGGACAAAGUACUCGAGGCCUUUGCCAACUGCGCCGCGAAAGCCAAGGUCCGCAUGCGACAGAAGGGCGCGCAGCCGGAGUGCAUUGUCGACCGUUGGGUGGCGCAGAUGUUCGAGUCGGAGCGGUAUCGCGAGCGCAUUGCCAAGGGCGAGACGGUAUCGACGGAGGAGAAGCCGGCGAUGCUGCUGCGCAUGUUCUCCGACCUCGAGAUCAGCAUGACCGUGUUUACGUUUUUGUUUGCCAGCCAGGAUGCCACGAGCUCGGCGUGCAGCUGGAUGCUGCAGCUUCUGGCCGACCGGCCGGAGAUGCUGGCCAAGGUGCGCGAGGAGGGUGCCAAGAUUCGCCCGGAUCCGAGGGCGCCGGUGAAGUUUGAAGAUCUGGAGAAGAUGGAGUACACCCGUGCCUGCGUGAAAGAAACCCUCCGCUACCGCCCACCCGUCAUCAUGGUCCCCUACCUCGUCAAGAAAGACUUCCCCAUUCCCGAAAGCAACUACGUGGCGAAGAAGGGGUCAAUGAUCAUCCCCACCACCUGGCUCGCACUGCACGACCCCCAAGCCUACCCGGAGCCCGACACGUACAACCCGGAACGCUGGAUCAGCGGCAACGCGGAAGAGCAAGGCAAGAACUGGCUCGUGUUCGGCACGGGGCCGCACUACUGCCUCGGCCAGAACUACGCGAUCCUAAACUUGAUGCUGCUGCUGCACAAGGUGUCGUCGGUGCUGGAGUGGGACCAUACGAUUACCGACCAGAGCGAGGAGAUCCGCGUGUUUGCUACGAUUUUCCCCAUGGAUGAUUUAUUAUUGACGUUCAGGCCGCGUGAGGGGGUGGUGGUUUAGACUGCGAGGUGGGGGGUAUGCAUUCCGCGGUGAUUGCCGGGUAGCAUUUUGCCUGAGAGGUGGUGGUUCGUCGUGCGUUCAGUCGUUUGCAUUGCGGAGAGAGCGAGUGUGGUUGUCCAUUGCUUGUGAGAGUGUACAUACCAUGCAUAAUUAGAAGCAGAAGAAUCGUGCAAAUCCCACAUCCUGAGAAGCGCACGUGAAGUCGCAGAAGACGAAAGGGAUCUGCAACGCCUUCACCAACUGCAGCAAGUCAAGGCGAGGCAGGGCCAGCAUCCCACUCAAUCGAAC